CUCCAAACGAAUCGGUUGUGCUUCCGUGCAGUGCGCUAGUGAAAAACCGCUUAAAUAAUAUUAUCAACCAAAACGCGGCGACCCUAACAAAACGAAAAUACAGAGCAUUGCCAAAUAAGAAAUAAAAACAACAGAAACAGAGACAAAAUGGACAGACAAACCGUCAAUUGAAAACAAAUAGUACAAUGAAGUUUUAUUUUUGGAUCAGUUGGACUCUCUGCAAGUAAAGAGAUUCUGUGCAGCUUAGCUAAACUAAAAUAGAGAAACCCGUUUCCUGAAAGUUUCACAAUAAAAUAAAGUUAUAUAUACGUUUAUAUAUAUUUAACCAAUUGGACUCUGAUCGAAGUGCUCACGUAAGAUGGACAAGUUAAUAAUAAUAAUUUGCUGCUUCCUGUGGAUUCUCGAAUCAAGUGCUUUGCCAAUAAUUAAUCCGGAUGAAUCCCUCAUAGAACUGUGUCCACCGGACAGUGUGAAUCGGCAAGGGAAUUGCACCUGCCUGCCUUGUCAGACGGAUUGGGAUUGGCCCAUUUGCGACAAGUUUAUCGUUGAGGUGGAAAGGGGAAAUGAAGUGCCCGGCACUUGUUGCCCUCGCUACGAAUGCCGCGAUGAGCAACCCGUCUGCAGUGGCUCCAAAUUGAGAUUCUACAAAGAAAACAAAUGCACUCUCUGCGAUCCCUGCGAACCGCUUGCCGUACAAUGCAAGGAAAUCUGCCAACUGGAAGAACCCCUUUCCAACUGUUUAACCGAUGACGAGGAAUACAAACAAGAGGGUGAGACCUGGACCGAGAAUAAUGGUUGUACAAGGUGCGCCUGCCUAGAUGGAAAAACUUCCUGUCAAACAUAUCAAUGCAAUCAAGUUGCAUGCAGUAAUCCAAUUUCGGUUGAAGGAGAAUGCUGCUUAAUUUGUCCUGACGAACUGGACGAAAGUGGUUUAUAUAUUGGUCAUUCACCAAUGGGUGGCACAACCAAGGGCCCUACAAUUAUAGGGGGAGAUGAUAGUGCAGAGGAGGAUACAACUACUGAAAUUUCAACUCUCAUUCCGAACAUAACUGAAUCUUCUUAUUCAGGCAAUAGCUUAAAUAUAACAUCUGAAAGUUCUACUCCCAUUCCGGAUACAAGUGAAUCCACGACAGCAUAUAACUUCACCAAUCCAACCGAAAGUACCACAUCCACUUCGGAAACAAGCGAAUCCUUCAGCACACCCAGUACCAAUAGCGAUUCCAGUUCUGAACCCCUUGGAGAUAUUGUCUCUUCCGAAUCGCCGGAUCUCAGGAAUGUAACAGACGACGUAGAAAUUUCUAGUUCUGAUUCUUCCAUAGACACCACCAGAAAUCCCACCACGUACAACGAUCCAGAAUCUAUCACUGACUCAACCACAUCAACUGAACCCGCAAAUUCAAUGGGGGAUCAUAUUACAAAAAGCGAUAUGAAAGCAGAGACCACCAAGGAAGAAAAUGAAGACAUGCCCACUGAAAUUUCGUUUAAUAAAUUUAGUAUCACGGAUAUGACCGAUAAUCCCAUUACCCUUAUGCCAGCAGCUGUAGCUGUGGCACCUGAAUCCACCAGUCAGGUUAAGGAUACCAACGAUACGGAGGACCCCCUAGCACAAUCUACACCCAAAACUUAUGCAGAUGUGCCUCAGGAGCAAAUCAAAACCGAUUACACCUGGGCUUAUGUUAUGGCUACAGUUAUAAUAAUGGUGGCUAUAUUUAUAAUUAUCUGCAUCUAUAAAAACUAUUUCGUGAGCAAAAAUUACAAAUAUAAUGCGGACUCCACAGCUACAGUAUCCCAACAGCCCCGUGAGAUAGUUGCACUCUUAAAUCCGGUUAGAAAAUGAAAUGAUACUAGAGAUAACGAAGCAUUAGUUGUGAUUCAUACACAGAGAAAAUCGUAGUAUCAGUUGAAGAUUGCCAUCUCAGUUUAUCAUUUGACAUGCCACAAAUAGGAACUAUUUUAAUACGAAAAGAUAUUUUUCUCUGUGUGAUUUCCAUCCUCCCGCAGACUGAUUUUUGAUCUUGAAAAGCUUUCAUCUAGUUCCGACUAGGGAAAAUUAUACCAAAAUAGUGGAAGAAGUCUGCAUGUUAGUAAUACUUAGGAAAAGAAAUUAACUUCGUCGUCAGUCAAGAGGGCAUUGUUUAUGGCUUUCACAGAAUUUAAGGACAAUCUACAGACAUUGAAAGCAGCCGAGCCGAUCGAUCAAUGACGACCCUUUCCGGCUAAUUAGCGAUACUUCAUGCAUUAAUACACAUUGAUCUUAAAACUAUGCUCAAAUUAAUAAGUAAAGCCAUUAAAUUAAGCAGUAAGACAACCUACGUUAAUGUGAUAGUUUUAAAUAGCAAAAGCAAGAAAAUCAUUUAAGAACACACAAAAGUAAACGUAAUUGGAAAGUAUUAGUAGGAAACUCUUUGAUUGUUAAUUAUAACUACCGUAAUACCAGAAUUGUAGCAUAAGAGUGAUAUAUAUCAAAAGCGCACUCAUUCAAUAAUAAAUUAUUAUACGUACAUAGUUAGUUCCCCAAAACGCAUCAACUACAUUCAUUCCUUUACAACCAUUUUAUUAUUAUAUGUAUUUAAGACACUAAAAGCAUAACAAAUAAAGCGAAAGAAACCAAAGCUAAACAAAAA